AUGUGUAAUAAAGGUACUCGUAUCAUUGUUGGUUGGGAUCCACGAGUUGUUGACUUAAUGGUUUUGGCGCUCUCAGCUCAGGUUGUUCAUACGCAGAUUCAAUUAAAGGCUGAUAAAAAGAUGAUUUUUGGAUCUUUCGUUUAUGCUCAUAAUUAUUAUAUUGAUCAUCGUCAACUUUGGCUGAAUUUGUGUCAACAUAUGUUGUUUGUUAAGCAUAAACCUUGGUGUAUCUUAGGUGAUUUUAAUGCAACUCUUUCUUUGCAAGAUACGACUGCUGGUAGUUCGGUUAUAAGCAUUGCCAUGAGAGAAUUCAACGAAUGUAUUACUGAUAUUGAAGUCUCGGAUGUUAAUAGUUUGGGUCUUCAAUUUAUUUGGAAUCAAAAGCCCCAGGGUUCACAUGGAGUGCUUCGGAAAAUUGAUCGAGUUUUGGCAAAUUCUGAUUUCUUUAAAGAUUAUAUUGGUGCAGUUGUUAUGUUCCAGCCAUAUCUUAAUUCGGAUCAUGCUCUGCCAUUCUUAAGCUUCCAAGUGGUGAAAAAAUUGAAAUCCUUGAAAAAACCACUUCGUAAACUAUUGGUGGAUAAAGGGAACCUUCAUGCUAAUGUUGAGAAACUUAAAGCUGAUUUGGAAACAAUACAAAAGGCGUUAGAUAAGGAUCCACACAACUCAGUAUUUCGUGAUGACGAAGCUAUUGUUCUUAAAGCAUUUAAUGACGCAUUACUUACUGAUGAGCGAUUUUUGAAGCAAAAGGCAAAGAUAGAAUGGCUUCGAGUUGGUGACUCUAAUUCUGCUUAUUUCCAUAAGGUGGUAAAAGGAAAAACUGCUCAAAAUCAUAUUGAGUCUAUCAUGGAUUCAAAUGGAAGACUGCAAGCCAUGGAUAUGUCUCGUGAAGUGACAGAUGAAGAAGUUCGAAAAACUAUUUUCUCUAUGGGUGAUGAUAAAUCACCAGGCCCUGAUAGCUAUUCUGCUGCGUUUUUCAAAGGUGCUUGGAAUAUCAUUGGAGAAGAAGUAUCUGCUGCUGAUUGUUUACAAGAUAUUGUUAGCAUCAACCAAUCAGCUUUUAUCCCUGGUAGACUGAUUUCUGAUAACAUUCUUCUCACUCAAUAUAUAAUGCAUAAUUAUCAUCUUGAUCGUGGACCACCUAGAUGUGCAUUAAAAGUCGAUAUUCAAAAGGCAUAUGAUACGGUAGAUUGGGAUUUCUUAAAGGAUAUUCUGGUUGCUUUUGGCUUUCCACAACAGGUGAUUCAUUGGAUUAUGCUAUGUGUUACUUCUGUCACUUAUUCUUUAAGUAUCAAUGGCAGUUUUCAUGGAUAUUUUAAGGGAAAGAGAGGUUUAAGGCAAGGUGAUCCUUUAUCUCCUUACUUAUUUACACUUGUAAUGGAGAUUCUUACCCUUAUUCUUCACCGAAAUGUUACUAAGUCAGAUUCAUUCUAUUUUCACCACCUUUGUCAAGAACAUCAGGUUAUUAACCUUUCUUUUGCUGAUGAUCUUUUUAUAUUUAUGCGUGGCAAUGUGGAUUCAGCUAGAGUAGUAAUGGAUUCGCUUAAUGAAUUCAAAGAUGCUUCAGGUUUAGCUCCCAGUCUACCAAAGAGCACUGCUUAUUUUUGCAAUGUUCCUAAUACAAUGAGUCUUGCUAUUCUAAAUAUUAUACCAUUUGAAGAAGGGCAGCUGCUGGUGAAGUACCUUGGAGUCCCUCUGGUCUCUUCCAGGCUGGUUUUACAAGACUGUAAACCGUUUAUAGAAAAAGUUCAGAAACGGGUUAACGAUUGGAGAAAUAAAUUUUUGUCCUUUGCUGGAAGAGUACAACUUAUUAAUUCUGUUCUAUCAGCGAUCCAUGUAUAUUGGUCGUCAGUUUUUAUUUUGCCCAUGAGUAUUAUUUCAGAUAUUGAACAGAUUAUGCGUGGAUUUCUAUGGUGCCAAGGUGAAAUACAUAAAGGAAAGGCAAAGGUGGCUUGGGAUGAUGUUUGUCUUCCAAAAGAGGAGGGUGGUCUUGGUAUUUGUAAGCUCCAUCCUUUUAAUAUAGCUUUAUUCUUGGUUCAUAGUUGGAAUAUUAUUACUGGCAAGGAGUCUCUAUGGGUGAAGUGGGUUCAUACUCAUAAACUACAAAUACUUUUGGAGUUAGAGGAAAAUGCUACAAAUAAGACCUACGAUUCGUCAAUUUUUCUGGAUUAA